UGAACGAGACGCAUUUUGGCGAAUGACGACUUCAAUUCGCCCUCGCCUGCCUGUGAAAUGGACCUGCGUGCUGUUGUUAUAUAUGUAAUUUUGUCUUCUUGGGGAGUUUCUGGAGUUUUACAAAAAGGUCAUGAACCGCCUGAGUUUCUUCAUGGCAGCGAAACAAGAACCAGCAUCAGCCGGAAGGGUGCCAUUCUGCGCCUGCGCUGUUCCGUGUCCGCCAAUCCACCCGCUGAAGUCACGUGGUAUCGGUAUGACGAGGAGGUGGUGGGAGAUAGGAAAAAAAUUCGUUUGCGCGAUGGGUUGAAUCACAACGUGUUGACCAUCCGGGAUCUGGACUCUCUGGACUCCGGAGAUUACAUCUGUAGCGCCGUCAACAGAUAUGGAAAAAUCACCAAGACGUACACAGUCUCCGUGGUUGGCUGUUACCUGACAGACUCCCAGCCCCUGCAGCCCAGGGCUAUCACGGUGGAACCACCCAAACUUCAGGUCAGGUGCGGAGACACGGCAGUGUUCAAGUGUAACUACAAGUCCGACUUCAACUCCCAUAUCCAGUGGCUGUUGGAGGUACCGGCUAACAGCACCUCCCGUUACGACCCAACCAGCAUCUUGUCCGUGCACUCCAAGUCCUACGUCGUCCUAGAGAGUACGGCACAAAACGACGACGUUCUGCGGCUGCCGAACGUGACAAGGGCUCACGAUGGGAAAAUCGUUUGUCUUGCUGCCAAUACCUUCGGCUAUGGUUACAACAGUACUAUUGUGCAAGUGCAACCUCAAUCAGGUCUACCAGCCUUUGUAGAAGAGCUUGAAGAUUUAUCAGUUUCAACCAGCGCACCAAAUUUCACCCUCACGUGUGUAGCUCGGGUGCCCCUUGACGUGGGGUAUUACCUCCAGUGGGAGAAGGAAGGCCAACCUAUUGACCCGAAAGUGUUCGUGUUCCAUCACCUCAAUCAGUCAAGGGUCGUUGAUGCUUGUGUAGAAGAAAUAAGCAGCACCAUGACUAUCAGUCCUCUUGUGCAAGGUCACUGGUUAUCCGCCCGUGAAGGUGGACAGUAUAAUUGUUUGGUACAGAACAAAACAGGAAGUACUAUUAUGUAUGGUCAAGCCACCGUGACCUUUCAAGAAAACGGAAACGAGAACGAGGCUAGCAAGUCACUGUCUGGAAUCGUGUCCUUGACCCCUCGGCGUGUGACGGUACAGGAAGGAGACAGCGUGUCCAUAUACUGCCAUGUCAGAGGAGAAACAAAACCCUUGUUUGCAUGGUUAGUGAAGCCAGACACCAGCGUGCCCGUGUGUGACAUCAGACAUGCUCUUCUCAUCGACUACAUCCCAUACCGCCUCGUCGGGUCAGGGGAGACGUGGUCACGUGACGAGAUGAACCAUCUGAAUAUACUUCAGUUAGAUGACGUCAGUAUGGAGCAUGCUGGGACGUAUUUGUGCUACGUCGUGCAGUCAGGUGCCCGGGAGGAAACAACUCUGACUGUCCUGCCUCGGAACAUUGGUCCACGUGUCAUAGCUCCUUUCAUGGGGAACAGGAGUGUCACUGUCGGUGAAAACAGCGUCUUACAAUGUCGAGCAGAGAGCGACAACACACCCACUGUACAGUGGUAUAAAGAGAUCGAGGAGGGGUACAACGACGAAACAAGGUCUUUGUUCGGGAUGACAGUUAUCUCCCUUGGUUUCCCUGACCCUAUUUGGGAGACUACUGGAAGCUACUUGAGCUUGUAUUCAUUCAGAGAUGGAGUCCAGGUUUCCGAUCAAGGAAAAUACCUCUGUGUUUGGUCUAAUGGAAGAGGCCAGGAUUACGACCAAGGUUACUUACGGGUUCGAGUUCGACAGUAGGAAACUGUGUUGUAACUGCUUUGGUAACCAAAUCAAGGAAUUUUAGAUGACGCUGGCAACAUCUGCUUCACCUUUGGUAUUUACACACUUCUUCCUUGAACUGAAGCAAAUUAUUGAGGUGGCUUCAGUGUCCGACCUUUUAGUUGACUUGACAACAGACAGUGAAGAAUCACUCAUGAGAGUUGGGAGAGUCACUCGGGAUAGCAGGGGAUCUCGGGGGUCAUCGUCACCUGCAGGUUUAAGAUAGAAGUAGUAAUAUGUAUGUUGACAUUCCAUUCGCGUUUUGCACCGUCGAAGUUGGCAAAAAUAUUUAGCUAUG